AUGAUUUGGGAAGGCUCAAAGAGGAAUCAACUGAUUCUUGGAACCCCAUUCCUUGCUACAGCUGGAGCGGUCCUAAACUACUUUGGGAAUCAUCUAUCUUUUGGCCACAUCCGGCAAGAUAUCUUUUUCCCAAGCAUAAAUUUCAGGUCAGUGCCAAGUGCGACCAAGCUACCACCAGAAGAAGCCACUCUCAUGCCUAAGAAAGAAGCCAUGCUGCAUGGAGAAAGAAGAGAGAGAUAUCAACUCCAUCUACUUCCAACCUUUGAUGAAUAUGGAGCUGAAGAGGAGACUAAUGGUGCACCUAAUCUCUUUCACAAGAUAAGAAUCUUUACACCAAAAGAUUCGGAGCUUAAAGGUGACCAAUCCAUUGAAGAGAAGCUUGAGAGAACUAUGAAGCUUUUCCCCAAGGCAUUGGUUUUCAAAGAUGAUGUGAGAGAUGAUCAUGGCGCGACAACACCACCACAAGAUCCACUGAACCGGAGAAUGGAGAAGCUAAAGGGAUCCUUUGCCCUUCAGCCACUCUUCACCACGAUUGAAAGAAAAAGAAGGAGUCAAGCUAAAUGA